CGGAACGACAGAGAAGUGUCGAGAGAGCUAUACAUUCUGAAAUAAUGUCAUGGCUGAUUACCUAUUGUAUGUUGUGAUUGACAACAGGAUUUGUGACUACUGGUUUUAUUCACAAGAACUAGCUGAUACCAAUUUUGGACCUGAGGAGAUAGGUGUUGCCCUCAUUCUGAACAAUUUCACCAGGCAAAUUCAUCCAUGUCUGCUUAAGAUUGUGCCAAACAUUUAUGGACCUUGCGAAUCUUCACAUGUAAAUAAUAGUUGUAUAGACAACAAUGUUGGUAAACACUAUAAUGAAAUCAACCUAACUCCGGGAGUGUGCUGUGCUGUUGGAGCCACAGAGAUUUGUCCGAUUCUCAAGGCAACUGUCAAAUUAGAAGCUCAUUUAGCUUCUUGCGUUACUUCAGAACUGAAAUGGUCAUAUAAGUUUAGACGAAGAUUUUUUAGGAAGCUAAAGAAGAGGCAUUCAUUUAAUUAUGAAUAUCAUCCAAGUGAUGGAGAUUUCUCUGACAUAUUUGAUGGAUGUUUGGCAGUGCCUUUUGUCAUUGAAAUACAGCCAGAAUAUCCACCACAGAAAAUAGAUUUUGCUUGGUAUUACAGAAUGCAAGGAUUAUUGAUAAAGAAAAUGCAUUCAGAAGAUGCCAUGGCCUGGUUAUCUACAUUAGGCGGAGCUUACUCAUCAUUAGGGGACUAUUUUGAAUCUCAUGCUGUUAUUGCAGGAAAGAUUUCAUUUAGGCAGAUGGCCAUAGCUAUGGAAAUGGCAGAUCCAAUUACAAUAUCUAGAUGUAGACUUUUCUUUGCUCUCAGUCUGAUGCAGAGAGGUCACUUUAAGGACAGUAAAUCUAUAAUCAGGAAACAGCUCAGGUUUGCCAAAAAAGUAGUUAAAGAUGUUAAACUUGUAGCCAUGUGUCGUGGUCUAUGGACUAAAGUUUGUUAUGGAAUGAACAAUAACCAGAUCUUACCUCUCACAUCUAGUAGUGACAGGAAAAAAAAGUCUCAACAGUUGAACUUUGUGACCGGUGCCAAUUAUGAUGUAAAAUUAAGAUAGCUUAUAGUUGAUUAGAAAUGUUCCAACAAAACAUACAUAUAGUACCAAGGGAAGACAUUUUGAAAUGGGGUUACCACCUAUAAGGACAAUUUUAAAAUAUCACUUAUAUUUUCACAAUACACAAAAGUAUUUGACACCCACACCUAGGUAAGAUUUUGAGGUGUCUUUCCUGGGUCUCAUUUAUAUUUUUUAUUGAACAGCCCUUAAUAUCAAUAUUAAUGGGUACUUUUGCAAAUACUGUAAAUUCAGAAAUUAUUGCGAGCAUUUAUUAUUGCGAUUUCAGAAAAAGCUGCAUACAGAUAUAUAUGUUUCAGAUAUCAGAAUGUGAGUUAUUAUUGUGAUACUCAUGAUCACCCAGUUACAUUAUUGGUAUUAAUAAAAAACUUGUAAUAAUUUCUGAAUUGAUGGUAGAUCAUUUAUUCUUCAAAAAUAAUUGUCUUAUGUCUUCCAAUAUUUGCCACUGAAUGGUAACAACCAGUUACUCUUUUUAUUUUUGUGAGUGACCUUCUCAUUCAUUGCAUAAUUUUAACAAGAUGGUUAAUAGUAUCUAAUACAUUUAGAUCACCAAUUGAUGUAUUAAGACUAAAAAAAUAUACCCGUGCUUCAUCUAAAAUGCUGAAUAAAAUAGUCGGUAGGUAGGAAAAUCUUUUUAUCUGUUUACAUUUUUUGACUGGUUUAAAACAGUCAAAACAGUCUGACUUUAAUAGUGCUUGUUUGCAAAUUAUGAAAACAUAUUAAGGGUAGGAAGGGUUAGCAGAAACGCCAGUAUUUAUGGAGGCCUUACUGAUAACAGCCUGCAGUAAAAUAUUCACCAUUUUUUUCCCUGUGACAGCUGAGGUGUUAUAACAGUUGCUUUUUAAGUAUAAAUGAAACCUCAUUGUUGCAAUAGAAAUUGAAGCUAUGAACAAAGUAUCGAGAUUCAUGAAGUACAAGGUUUUUUUUAGAAUUGAAGAUCUCUAACGUAUUCAGUUAUAUGUUUAUUUGAUCUCAAAGAACAUCUUAAUAUUGUAAAAACAUACAAAGCAUUAUGCAAAUUACUUAUGGUAGCUAAGUUAUUUAGUCAUAGAAAAGUCAAAAUAAUAAAGUAUUUGGCAUAGUUUUCAGAUUCCUAUUGUUUUUAUACGACCGCAAAAGUCGUAUA